AUGCCGUACCAGCUCUGCGUCCUCGGCUGCGGCACCAUGGGCGUCGCCGUCCUCUCGGGCGUCCUCGACAACCUCCAGUCGCCCCGCGGCGCAGGCGCCCGCCUCGCCGACGACUCGGGCCCGUCCACUCCGAUGGGCAGCCUCAUCCUCGACCCCAACAGCAACCCCGACUCGCUCCCAGACCGCUUCAUCGCCACCGUCAACCGCGCAGAGUCGGCAAAGAAACUCAGGCGCACCUUUGCCGACUUGGGCGUCCUCGGCGGCCUCGUCCAGGUCCGCCAGGCCGCCGACAACGUCAAGAGCGUCAAAGAGUCGGACGUCAUCCUCCUCUGCUGCAAGCCCCAACUCGCGGCCCACCUCCUCCUCCAGCCCGGCAUGUCGGACGCCCUCGAGGGCAAGCUCCUCAUCUCGAUCCUCGCCGGUACCACCAUCUCGAUGAUGCGCGACUGGGUCCCCGAGUCGUGCACCGUCGUGCGCAGCAUGCCCAACACGCCCAGCAAGAUCCGCGAGGGCAUGACGGUCGUGUCGAGCCUCGACCCGAACGAGCCCAAGACGCCCGUGCAGCGCGACAUCCUCAUGGCCCUCUUCACCCCGCUCGGCCGGUGCCGCUUCAUGGACGAGAAGCACUUUGACGCCGUGACAGCCGUCGCCGGUUCGGGCCCAGCUUUCGUGUGCGUCGUCCUCGAGGCCAUGGCCGACGGCGGCGUCAUGAUGGGCCUCCCGCGCUCAGAGGCGCUCGAGCUCGCUGCGCAGACGAUGCAGGGCGCCGCGAGGAUGGUGCUCCAGACGGGUGUGCACCCGGCGGCCCUCAAGGACAGCGUCACGACCCCAGGCGGCUGCACCAUCGCGGGCCUCCUCUGCCUCGAGGACGGCAAGCUCCGGAGCAACAUGGCGCGGUGCAUCCAGGCGACGACGCAGCAUGCGGCCGGGCUCGGCAAGACCAAGUAGAGAGAUUGCGCGCGCGGCGCCGAGGUCGAAGGAGGAGGAGGAGGGGGGACGAGCGCGGCGGGCGUGCAACUGGGACCGGUUUCUGUGCC